AGUAAAGAAAACGCCAAGCUAGCUGUGAACUAACAACAAACAGCAAAGUAAAUAUUGUAGCGAGCAAAACAAAGUGCUAAUAACAAAUUUGUUGUAUAUUAUGCUGUGUGAAGAGCAACUAAUGUCUGUGGAUAGCAAUACACCUUGCAAAAAAGGCUCGGGCAGCCUAAAUUCCUCUAGUUCAUCCAUGUCGCUGGACGUCAAGCCUGUGCUAAAUAGUUGGGCACAAGAAGUGCGCGCGGAGUUUGGGCAUAGCGAUGAGGCUUCUUCAUCUGUUAAUAGCAGCCGUGAAAUUGCCUUGGAGUUCUUAGAUGACAGCAACGAGAAAAAAUUUGAGCGUCUGGUUAAGGCAGAAAAACUCAAGACGCCUUUUAAGCGGCGUCACUCACUAACGCCACCCACACAAAGCAAUGAAAACAGCCGCAGCAACAGUCCUAACAGUAGCGAAACUUCAGAGGACAUCUCGCAUCACAAGAAAGCGUUUAAGAUUAAGGAUGAGAAACGUGUGCGUCACAAUAGCUACACAUCAUCUACCUCGUCUUCCUCUUCCUACGUGGAAGCUGAUCCCGCUGUGCUCUCGCGUCGCCAGAAGCAAAUCGAUUACGGCAAGAAUACCGCUGCCUAUGAACGUUAUGUAGAAACGGUGAACAGGAAUGAACGCACUAAGGAGCAUCCGCGUACGCCCAACAAGCUGGGCAAGUACAGCCGUCGUGCCUUUGAUGGUUUGGUUAAGAUCUGGCGUAAGCAAUUGCAUUACUAUGAUCCGCCAACAGCUGCUAAAGAUGAAGUAGACAGCGAUUCGGACUCUGAUUAACUGAAUGCAUCAUAUAUCUCAACAACAGGGCGGGCUUACUAUGGCGGGGCUUACAUACAAAGUACAUAAGACGAUGGUACAAGAAUUGAGCAAUGUUGAAGUUGAUUGCAAAUAUUAUAUUUUUCUCUACUGCUUUUUAGUAUGUUAUGUUA